UAUAAAAUAAUAUCUCCUUUUUGAUUAUUUCUGAACGCAUUUUGUUGUACUCUUAAAGGAAGGAACAUGUCAUCUACACACGAAACUCUCUUCUCAUUAGAAAUUGUGAUCGAUUAUGUUCGCUUGGAUUCUUCACGUGGCAAGAUUUUGGAUCCUGCAGUAGCUGUCCGAUUCUUAGAUUUCCCAACGCUGCUUAUAUACCGCUCAGAAAAAGAGGACUUUCCAUCUAAAUCAGGAUAUGAUGAACUGUGCGUGUCACCUGAGGCUCUAUCUCAACUAAAUGAUGGAGACAACCCAGAGUAUUCUUUCCACAAAGGCAAAUCAUGCCUGUUUAAAAUCAACUUGGAUUCUCUCCACGCCCAUUUGUCAAACACCCCUCUCUAUGCCAUGGUCUUGGACGUAAAAGAUGACAUUCCCAAACUUAUAGGGAGCUCCUUGGUAUCUCUUGCCAAAGCAACGGAGAGAAUUAAGAUGGAUGUGGGCAAACAUGGCAUUGGCACCCCAACUGCAUAUGGAGAGAGACUAAUUUGCCCACUUUGCAAUCUAAUGUGUAACAGCAUAGGUGCUAUAUCCCUGGCGUAUAAGGUCGUAAGUCUAGGAGCAAAUUUAAUUCCUCAUAUCCCAGAAAAUAGAGUCUAUGAAGUCGGUGUGACCCAUGGAAAAGAAAUAGCAAGGUUGCUAAAAACUGAAAAACAUGAGAACUAUGCUGUUAAUAUUCUGUCUCAACAUGUCAGUUUUGAUGGACAACCUGUGGAUAAAGUCAUAUCAGAAGCAAAACAGUCAGGCGUUGCAGCUUUUACUCAAACUGAACAUGCAAAACAGAAAUUCUCAUGGUCAGAAUUUGCUUAUGGUCACGAUACAGAGGAGUACACUACAUUCUGCCCUCCUCCACUGUUUUACAACUCUAAUGUUGAGAACCAACAUGAGCUUUCAGCUGAGAAAUGCAAGAUGUUAAAUGUGGAAAUGGAGGGUCUUAAUAUAGAAGACCCAGAGGAGGACAAUAAUGAUGCAGAAUCAGCUGGCAUGCAUGGUGCUUCAGAGAUGUCAGCGAGAAAGUUAACUUCCACUCCAAGGACACAACAUAGAGAACCUGGCCCAGCUCCGCUUGGUGAUGUUAUUCGACAGUUGCCCCUUCUGAAUGCUUUACUUAUUGAACUAUCACAGCUUAAUAGCCAGACAUCACAGCAGCAACCCUUAUCGGUUCAUCCCAACCUGGCCUGGUUGUACACAUCUGCACCAGCAGCAAAACCCAAAUCUGAGCAUCAGAAAACAGUCGCUGCUUCCUCACAGAGUCCUACACGUAGACUUUGUCAAUCCAAGGUAAAAGGGUACAUAAAAUCAACCAUGUCUUCAUCAGCAAAGUGGGGAAGUGCUGCAAAGUCACCUCCGAAGAGAAAACUUAGAUAUGGCUUGACAAAGACUUUUCAUCUCAGGCUAAAGCAGGUGAAACCAGGUGUUACAAAACAGCAUGAAUGCAUGGAAUACCAGGCUAUAAACCAAGUCCAGAUGCACAAACAAACAUUGUCUGACCCUAAACAUGCUCGUAAGUCGUUAAGAAGAGGUGUAAAGUUAGAUGAAACUAUUGAAACCUUAAUUGGCUGUUCUGAGAUUGACCCAGCACCAUUUGAAACUACAUCAAAAUCGCAAUCAAGGCCUAGCACAAAUGCAAGUCUUACAAAACGUGUUGCAUCCUUCAAAAAGGCGGCAAAAAAUGAAGCUUUGUUUACUGAGCCAGACCAAAAUGUUCGAGUCCAUAUUCCAGGUGCACUUUGUCGUUAUUCUGACCAUAGUGACCAGAAUGUCCACCCUAGUUCAAAUAUAACCAAUCGUGGAAACCAGAUUUUAAGUGAAAGUGGCAGGGAAGAAAGUAGACCAAACAGCCCUCCUCAUAGGACAAGCUUGACUAGUUCUCCAGAACAAGAGUACCAGGAUGACUUCACAAGUCUGGAUGCAACAGACGGGAACUCACCUGACCCAUUUAGCAGUCCAGAACCAUACAGACAUAAGAGAAACAGUGUUUCAAGCGAGCAUUCUAGCACAGACAGUGGAUCUCACAGAAGGAAAGAUCUUCCAGUCCCAGUCAAGGUGGAGAACUCUCCACUACGUUCUCUUAAUAGCACACACGUCGUCCGACCACGUCUUUGGACCUCUGCUCUCAGUCUGUCUUCAGAUGACAGUGAUGACGGGUCUGUGCCAGCGUCCUCCGGCAACUCCGAAUGUCAACAGAGGCCUGAGACCUCAAAGACUCCAUCUGUCCAGAGGACAUUUGGAACAUCUGAGAGCUUUGACAGUAACCCUGCAAAUAAAGACAGGACACUUAGUCGGGUGUCUGUAGACUCUGUUUUAUCCGCUAAUAACUCGUCAGAUCAUGUGGAUGCUGUGGAGGAACGAGAUAAACUGGGUUCUCUGGGAUUGGACAAGAAUUACCAUCAUAUUUCCGAACUGGUGAUCAACAAACUUCCAGGAUAUACACUGUGAUUAUGCAAUUUUAACUAAAAUGGUGUAAUUAACAAGAUGUAAUAUUUUGAAUAUUAGGAAAGUCAUUAUAUAUCUUUUGUUUUUAAAGCAUGAUGUACAUCAGAAUUAGUCAAGUCAAUAUGAAUUAUGUAUUUUUAGAAAGUGCAUUUUUGUUUAGAACUGCAUUUAUUGACUAUGAUAUAAGUUCAAAGUAUAUAUAUAUAUAUGAGGUUUUUUUUCUCAUGCAAUAAUAAUAACAAUUUCACCAUAUAUUCUGUGAUAAAAAACAACAAUGUAACUACAAUGUGUUACAAUAUUUAAAACGGUUGUUGUCACAGCCCAGUGGUGAACCCUUUCAUAAAUAAUUGAUAAACCUC